AUGGCGGAGCAAGAGCUCGAGGCACUGAGGAAGCAGAGGCUGGCCGAGCUGCAGGCGAAGCACGGGGAUCCUGGCGAUGCAGCACAACAGGAAGCAAAGCACAGGGAAGCAGAAAUGAGAAACAGUAUCUUAGCCCAAGUUCUGGAUCAGUCAGCCCGGGCCAGGUUAAGUAACUUAGCACUUGUAAAGCCUGAGAAAACUAAAGCGGUAGAAAAUUACCUUAUUCAGAUGGCACGGUAUGGACAACUAAGUGGGAAGGUAUCAGAACAAGGUUUAAUAGAAAUCCUCGAAAAAGUAAGCCAACAAACAGAAAAGAAAACAACAGUUAAAUUCAACAGAAGAAAAGUAAUGGACUCUGAUGAAGAUGACGAUUACUGA